AUGACCUGCUUGAGAGUGCAGGAGAGGACAGGGGAGGGCUUCCUGGACCAGACCAUGGAGCAGGAGCUGGGCCCUGGAAGGGGUGAGGCUGACUUGCCCCCAUCCACCAGGAUUGAGAGAGGAGAGAGCUGUGUCCAAAUCACUUUCUGCCCGACACUGCAAGACCAGUCUGCCUUCUCCAGCUCAGGCAUCAUGGCCGACUUCAUGGUCCAGUAUGAUGUAGUCAUGGAGGACAUCAUUGGAGAUGUGCCGAUUUACGAUGGCUACUUUAUGCAUUACUUUGCUCCCAGAGGCCUCCCACCUGCCGAGAAAAAUGUGGUGUUCGUUAUUGACGUGAGCGUCAUGUUCGGUACCAAGAUGAAACAGACUAAAAAGGCCAUGAAUAUGAUCCUUGGUGACCUGCAGGCCAACGACUACUUCAACACCAUCUCCUUUUCUGACACGGUUAGUGUCUGGAAAGCUGAAGGCUCUAUCCAGGCCACCAUCCAGAAUGUUUAUGAUGCCAAGGACUACCUGGGCCACAUGGAAGCUGAUGGCUGGACUGACAUCAAUGCAGCUCUGCUGGCAGCUGCUUCAGUGCUAAACCAUAGCAACCAGGAGCCUGGGAGGGGCCCCAGUGUGGGGAGAAUCUCUCUUAUCAUCUUCCUGACGGAUGAGGAGCCCAUGGCUGGCAUGAUGACCCCAAGUGUGAUCCUCUCCAACGUUCAUCAGGCGUUGGACAACAGGGUGUCCCUUUUCAGCUUGGCUUUUGGGGAUGAUGCUGACUUCCCACUGCUACGUCGUCUGUCCCUGGAGAACCAGGGAGCAGCCUGGCACAUAUAUGAAGACACUGAUGCAGCCCUACAGCUGGAGGGCCUCUAUGAGGAGAUUUCCAUGCCUCUGCUGGCAGACAUGCGUCUGGACUACCUGGGCAGCUUGGUUGGGGCCUCCCCUUGGACCCUUUUCCCCAACUACUCUGGUGGCUCAGAGCUGGUGGUGGCAGGACAGGUGCAGCCAGGCGAGCAGAAACUGGACAUCCACCUGGCAGCCGAUGGCCCCAAGGGUCAGCUUCUCGUGGUCUGCCACAGUGAGGUGGUGACCAACAGCAGCAAGAAGGCCUUUGUUUGCCAAGGGGAGCCAGUCCCCAAUGUAACCCACUUCAUCCGCCGCCUCUGGGGCUACGUCACCAUUGGAAAACUGCUGGAGGCACACUUCCAAGCCCGUGACACCACCACUUGCCACCUGUUGGCUGCCAAGUCCCUUGAAUACAACUUUGUCACACUUCUGACUUCACUGGUCAUGGUGCAGCCCAAGGAGGCCAGUGAGGAGGGCAGGAGACAGACUCCCACCACAGCUGGACCAGGCACCAUCAUGCCCUCAUCCACCAGCAGGCAUGGCCUAGGGGCAGGCACAGCCCUACUAGCUUUGGUUCCUAAGUUCUCUUCCAAAUCAAGGCUUGUGAAACCAAAGUUUUACUUAUCCUCAACUACUCCUGCCUCUACAAAGAAGACCAGUUCCAAGGAGUUGGAGCCAAUGGGUCAGAACCCUAAUACCCUAUCCACUCCAGCACACCCAAAGCCCAAAAUUCCAACACAAUAGAAUUCUGGCACCUUGGCUCAGCCAACUCUCAGGACGAAACCUGCCGCCCUUGUGCCCUCAAAUUCUGGUGCCCUAUUGCUUCUGAAGCCCAGCACACCACCACACCAGAAUCCUGGUACACUACUACCCAUGAAUUCUAAGAUACAAGUCCUACCUCUGAAUUCUGGCACUCCAUCCCAACCCAAAGCUGGCAUUAUGAAACAUGUUACUCCACUGCAUUCCAAACCUGGUGCUCCAUCAUAACCUAAACUGGAUGCCCCGACACACCCCCAAUCUGGGGUAUUCACAUCACAGUCACCCAAAAGACUGCGACAGCCCAGGCCUGGAGUCUCCACACUUCAGAUCCCCAAAUACCCACCACACACCAAACCAAGAGUUCCUCCUUCCAAGACCCCAAAUAACCUGCUGCACUCUAGACCAGGGAUCCUCUUACCCAAGACCUCUAAAAUCCCAUCACCUCUUAAAUCUAGUGCCCCACCUCAACAAACUUCCUUCAGCUUAUCACUUUCCAAACCUAGGACCCCAAUCCCUAAUAAACCCAAAACCCCAUUACCCACUAGACCUACCAGAUCCAGGCCUCUACCUCCUCAGUGCCUAAGCACAUUCCCAAGCACAAUCUUUAAGUCCACAAAUCCCGGCAGUACCAUGACCACCUCUGUCCUUGCAGAACCCCUCCAUACCCCCCUUCACCCCACUCUGCCCUCUGCUGCCCCUGGAAGGCUCUGGCAUCAACAUGACGUGCUGCCAGGGCCCCAAAGCACCAGGCAAAUUCUGGGACCAUCGUCAGGAGUCCCAACAAUGGGCCUACCCAACAGCUCCAGUCCUAUGCCAGAAGGCAGCUCCCCAAACCUGCCAGCCUUGCUGCCUUCUAGCACCCUCCCUGAGGCAGUCAGCCUGCUUCUUCUCCCUGAGGAGCUAGAGCUGCUGUCUGAGUCAAUGGUGGAAUCCAAGUUCGUGGAGUCCUUGAACCCAUCAGCUUUCUAUAUCUUCCUCACUCCUGACGAAGAUGGAAAUCCACACUGGGAUGGAAAUUCUGAGGAGAUCCUGGGAGAAGCUAGAGAUAGGAUGGACUCUCAGGGAAGUUCUGCAGGACUGGAAAAUGGCAUGUUGCCAAGCGUCUUCACCUUCUCAUCCUCGGUGGAUGGGGACCCACACUUUGUAAUCCACAUCCCACACUCAGAAGAGAGGAUCUGCUUCACACUGGAUGGGCUCCCAGGGGACCUGCUACAGCUCAUAGACGACCCGAAGGCAGGGUUGCAUAUAUGCGGACAGCUGCUUGGGGCACCACCAAGGCCAGGCCACAAGGACCAGACCCGUACCUACUUCCACAUCAUCACAGUUACUGCAGACAAACCCCGGGCCUACACUAUGACCAUCACCCGCAGUUCCAUAUCUGUGCAAGGCGAGGGUACCUUGCUCCUGUCCUGGGACCAGCCUGCCCUGCUGAGGAGGCCCCAGCUAGAGCUCCAUGUGGCUGCUGCAGCCUGCCUCACCCUCAGCCUUGGGCUCCACCUUAAGUUCCUAGUCCUCCAGCACUGCUACAGGCACCCUGGCACCUUGCAACUACCCCACCUGGGGUUCUAUGUGGUCAAUGGCUCAGGUCUCACCCCCUUGGCCCAUGGCCUGUUGGGGCAGUUCCAGCACACAGACAUCCAGCUGGUGGCCGGUCCAAUGGGACCAAGUCUGUGGAGGCAUCAAGGCCCAGAUGUGCCUGUGGUUCUAGGCAAGAUGUUGCUGCAGGAUUCACCAAGGCUGCUGCCCCACUGGGUUUCCUGCAGGCUGGUGAAGCGCUCUCAUGUACAGCUGCUGCUGGGCCACCCCUACCUUGCCUAUGUCCUGUGA